AUGCCUCACGCAACGCCGAAGGCCCCGGAGGGCGAGGACGAUGCCGAUUUCGAUGAUGUGAUGCGGCAACUGAACAACUACGAAGAUACUGGCCCCUCUUUAGAUUUCUUGUCGCGUGACUUGGAGAUCGGCGAAAAAGCCGACGAUGCGAUCGACUACGAGGAUUUCGAAGACGAUGAACUUCCGGAAGAAGAGGUCGUCGGACGCCCGGCCCCAGCCCUGCCUGCAGUGGAUGACAAUCAAGACCCUUUCGCGAAUCUGGGCUCAGACGAUGCCGCUCUUUUCGGAAAUGGAGACGAUCUCUUCGGUGACCAAGCAGAGGGGGCUCAGGCCCAGGAUGACAAUCUCGAUGAUCUUUUUGGCGAAGGUUCUUUUUCGCCGCCUCCUGCUGGACAGGAUGAUGCUACCCGUGGCCUUUUCGAAGACGAAGAAAUGCCCUUAACGGAUGCCCCCGUUGAUUUACCACCCAUCCCGUCAGUCCCGGAACCGCAGCCAGAGCCACCUAUGAUGGAGGAAGAUGAAUUCCCGGAUGAUGACAGUAUCAUGUCGGAAGACAUGAACCCCGUCGAACUCCGCGCAUGGAAACUUCAGCAGCAGUUGUUCGCCAUGUCAGGCGUUGAAAACCCACCUGCUCCGCCUGAGAACCACGAAGAGCUUUUGCAUUCCUUGUUUCCCUCGUUCGACCGCAACACUCUUCCACGUUGGCUCGAGUUGAUUCCACACAAGAAAGCUAUCUUCAUUGGAAAACAGCCGACCAAGCCGCCUAAGCCUGUCUUGCCCACGAAAGUGAAUAUUGAGCUGGCGCCUGAUCAUGAGCGUGCAUUCAGAACCGGGCAACCCCUCAAGCGUGGCCUCGAUCACGAAACUCAUGGUUUGGUAAUGAUCACACAAUCGGACCACGGAGAGGAGGGAGAAGAGGCGGAGGAGGAUACAAAGGAUGACAUGGACCUGGAUGAUGUGGACGGAGAUGAAGUCCUGCCGGGUGGCUUCACCAUGCAGGACCUGAGAACGAUUUGUGUGGACUGGGAUGUUAAGGAUGAUGUCUCCAGCAUUGACUCGGAAGAGAAGCCAUUGGCGCAAAGAAAAGAUGGCGCCUUUGAUGAUGAUGAAGCAGAUUGGCUCAUGGAAACUGAGCUUCCGAACAAGAAACGAAAGACCGGUCCUACUCCGAUGGAUGUCAUUGCUCUAUCACACAUUGAUAUCCCUCUCUUGGAUGAUCCAGAACAAGCGACAAUGAAAGUUGCAAAGAGAGUCACAAUAGAUCUUAAUGAUCCGAACAUUCUUGUCGACGAAUUGAGAGCGGAUGCCGUCGCAAAUAAGCCGAAACACGCCGCUCCUCGCACCAGGGAUGAAGUGGACCUGAAUCUCACCCGCCGUCUCACCCAGCGAUACAACAUUUCAAACGAUCAAGCAUACGACAUGCUGAAACAGAAUCAUCAGAACAAGAUCCGCAGUACUCUCGGCAACGUGACACUUGAGCACGGUCUGCCCGCCCUGCGUUUGCAGUGGCCCUACUACAAGACGGAGUUGGCCAAGGCUGAGGCUAGAUCUUUCCACCGACCUGCUCUGGCCUUCCGGCCUGGACAAACGUCUUGGUUCAAGAAUCCCGUUCAAUUAAGACGCAAGCACUUGCGUGGCAAAGACGCGAAAACUGUUUAUGAUUCUACAAAGUCAUUGUCCAUGGGAGACAACUCCAAUGUCUUGCUGGUGGAGUAUUCCGAGGAACUACCCAUGACGCUAGCCAACUUUGGAAUGUGCAACCGCUUCAUCAACUAUUACCGGCGAAAGAAUAUCGAUGAUCCCACUCGCCCACGGGCAGAUAUUGGCGAAACAGUUGUUCUCUUACCCCAAGACAAGAGUCCCUACUCAAUCUUUGGCCAUGUCGACCCGGGCGAAAUUUCCCCCCGCAAUCUCAAACUCCAUGUACCGAGCACCCCUAUUCCCGCAUCAGCCCAAAUCCACAGACUUCCUCGUAGUGCGCAGCACUACUGGAUCUGA